AUGCUCCCCCGACUCUUCCAGGACUUGACACCCAACCUCCAUCACAUCAACAAAUAUAAGUAUGUCAGCCCGCAGUCUACGCCGCUAGACUGUUUACUGAAUGACUACUGGUGGCAGCCUUUGAGCGAACAUAUACCCUUGAACAUUCACCCGAAUACGUUAACGGUUAUAGCUUUGUUCUUCUCCUUUGUGGUGGCCUACUGGCCCCAGCAAUUGUUUGCUCCAGAGGCCGACCGUCCAUGCCCUCGCAUCAUUUAUUUGUUGACGGCUUUGGCUUACUUUGCCUACCAGUCUUUAGAUGCGGUGGACGGCAAGCAGGCUCGUCGUACUGGCUUGUCAAGUGCACUGGGUCAGAUGAUGGACCAUGGGUGUGAUGCGCUGACAACCUUCUACUCCGCGUUCAUAAUUUGUAGCGCCAUUCAACUGGGUCUUGGAUCUAAUACAGGUCUAAUUUUGAGUAUGAUUUCUUUCCAAUUGUUUGACUACGGCUGGUACGAAUACCGGCAUGGUGUAUUCAAGACCUCUACCGGCAGCAGUAGCGGUCGCUGGCAGAUGGGUGUUACAGAGGGCCAGUGGACUGUGAUUAUCCUUAAUUUGAUCUCAUUUCUUUUCCCCGGUCUGUGGCGUUCUACCUUGGUUGAUAUUACUGGCUGGAGAUCCCUAGGUUGGCUUACUUUAAACCAGCCAGUUAACAUCCUUGUGUUCUACCCUUGCGCAUUCUGCAUGGGCUAUAUCAACUCCGUCGAGGUCAAGAGUCUGUACAAGGAAGUCACCGCCGGUCCCGGAGCUUCCAUAGACGCGGACAUGGCCUCGAAGAAAAAUGAUCUCGGCCAUCCUGCCAUCACUUCAGAACAAAUCAAGAGAGACUGGCUAGCUCUCGGCUUCCACCUCUACUGCCAACUCGCUCUCUGCCUCUCCAACACCAUUCACCGACACCCCUUCCCCGUGGUCACCAUCAUUUGCUUCUCCGGCGCCCAAGUUGUUUGGAGAAUGAUGGUCGCCAGCCUCUUAAAAAUGGAAUUCCAAAUGAUCGAUCUCGCAACCAUACCCUUCUACUCAACUUCCCUACUCGCCGUCUGCAAGGCAUUCGGAACCGGAUACGUAGAGGCCACCGUCCUCUGGCUUCUCGCCAUCUACACCGUUGCCAUGGCCCUAGCCUACGCCUACAACUCGAUGAAUACCAUGAAAACCUACCUUGAUAUACCCCUCUUUGUCGUACCUGAGCAGAUCGCCCAGGGGGCCCAGAAAGCUACCGAAAAACAUGCCACCAGAAACCUCCAAGCGGCGGCUGCUGGCGGGCGUGAGACCGAGGCUACGAUUCGCGAAAACAAGGAAGAGCCAAAACCCGUGUUGGAGACAAAACCCGUGUCGGAGACAAAACCCGUGUCGGAGACAAAACCCGUGUCGGAGAAAGAACUCAACACGACCGCUGGAGAACAGCCCACAGUGACGCCGGCGGCCGCAUCGGAGCAGCCGGGGGACCAAAAGAACACUGGCGGUGAGACCAACGGUGAGACCAACGGCGUUAAUGCUGAGACCAAUGGCGGUGAGACCAAGAGCAACGAGGGUGAGACUAAGAGCAACGAGGGUGAGACUAAGAGUAACGAGGGUGAGACCAAGACCAAUAGGGGCGAGACCAAGACCAACGGCGAUGAUGGUGCUGUUGUGGACAAGCAGCUGGCUGGUGACGUGUCGAGUCCACAGGUUGUCACCGACAACGGCGCGGAGGUAACCACCACGAGCGACGAUAAGUAG